AGUUCUAUCGGCAGUCAGCAGCAGUAUCGCGUACGAGAUUCGCGCCAGCGUUCAUCUGUGAUCUGUGAUGAGGGAGUGUCGCAAGCGGUGGUGAGCUGCAUUCUUGUGAGUACAGAGAGGCCCGACCCCAACCCCAACCCCAACCCAUCUGCAGUGAGUGGACUGGUGCAAAACACUCACAGAGCAGUGGAGAAACACAACGAAAGCAGACCGAACGGGAGGAGGAAUAAAACAAAAACUGCCUUGUUGGCUUAAGCGGACUUACUGUGUUUGGUUUGGUACACAAGCAUGGAAGUGCACAACAGCCUGCAUUGCACCGCCCCUGUGCUCUCCUCACUGCAGGCAAGCGCCUCCGGCAGUGGGACGCCCAAGAAGACAGCCGCCAGCAGUGCGGCAGCCCAAAACUCAAAACAGCUUCUCGACCAACUCAGCCAGCAGCAGAAGGCCCAGGAGGAGGCAGAGACCCACAGUCGGCGGGACUGCGAUAGUCCCGCCAGCUCCAACUCAGAGCCGGAGAAGGACCUGGACGAGCUGAGGGACCUGAACGGCUCGCUGACCGGCAGUGGAAGUGUUGGCAAGUCGAACGGCUCCCUGAGCGGCGCCUCUUCGACCACUUCAGCGCCAGCUGGCACGAGCACACCUGGCUCCGCCAACACCAAUGGCUCCGCCAGUGGCGCAGCAUCGCUGAGCGUCGUGUCAGCCACGGCCCAUCUGAAGAAGCGCAUCACAAGCAGCCGCACACCGACCCGCAAGGCCCAUCGCAUCAAGUUCUAUCGCAAUGGGGACCGCUUCUAUCCGGGCAUUACCAUACCCGUGUCCAACGAACGAUAUCGGUCAUUCGAGAGCCUCUACGAGGACUUGACGCGACUCCUUGAGGAGAAUGUGAAAAUACCGGGUGCUGUGCGGACCAUCUACGACAUGGUCGGAAAGAAGAUUACUGCCCUGGAGGAGCUCGAGGAUGGCCAGAGCUACGUUUGUUCCUGCAAUAACGAGAACUUCAAGAAGGUGGAUUACAAUACCAGCUCCCAGCCGCUGGCCAACCUCACGCUGGCGAACAACAGCCGCACGUCCAGCCACCGCUUGGCCAAGCUGCAGCGCCCCGCAUCCCCCUUGAAGAACGGAGUGCCCAACAGCAUUGCGCCAGUUCCAGUUGGCGGAGGGGCCGCUGCCAACGGCAGUCCGCUGAAUACCUCGCGAUUCAGCGAGCGAGACAGUGUGGUACAUCCGCGCAUCGUUACCCUCAUUCGGAACGGAACAAAGCCACGGCGCAUAAUAAGGUUGCUGCUGAACAAGCGCAACAGUCCCAGCUUCGACCAUGUCCUGACCGCCAUUACGCAGGUGGUCCGCUUGGAUACGGGAUAUGUGAGAAAGGUCUUCACCCUGUCGGGGGUCUCGGUGCUGCAGCUGUCCGACUUCUUCGGCUCGGAUGAUGUUUUCUUCGCCUACGGUACAGAAAGGGUCAACACCGUCGACGACUUCAAGUUGGAGUCGGAGGAGCAGCGCGCCAUCAACGCGAUACGAAAGACGCUGCGCACGGCGGGCACCGCUUGCAAGGGUCCCAAGCCCAAAAUGCCUGUCAAGAGCAAAAAGGCGUACCCGCCCGGGGAGCUGAAAGCCCAGGCCGAGGCCCAGCUUCAGGCGUCGGCCGCCCCCGCCAACGAGGACGAGGAGCAGGCAGCGCUACUCAAGAGCACUGGCGUGGAGGUUGCCGAGCUGCCAGCUGCCAUACGCGACAACUACACGCUCAGCCAAAUCAUUGGCGACGGCAACUUCGCCAUUGUGCUGAAAAUCAAGGAUCGCCAGACGGGCAUUCCUCACGCGCUGAAAAUAAUCGACAAGAGCAAGUGCAAGGGCAAAGAGCACUACAUUGAUGCGGAGGUGCGCGUCAUGAAGAAGCUCCACCAUCCGCAUAUAAUCUCGCUCAUCAUGGAUGUGGACCAGGACACCAACAUGUAUCUGGUGCUGGAGUAUGUGAGUGGGGGCGAUCUUUUCGAUGCAAUCACCCAGGUGACGCGGUUUUCGGAGAGCCAGUCCCGCAUCAUGAUCAGACAUCUGGGCUCCGCCAUGUCUUACCUACAUUCCAUGGGCAUUGUGCACCGAGAUAUUAAGCCGGAGAACCUCUUGGUGGAACUUGACGACUUUGGGAAUGUCGUUCAACUAAAACUGGCUGACUUUGGACUGGCCUGUGAGGUCACCGAGCCUCUCUACGCCGUCUGCGGCACUCCGACCUAUGUGGCACCCGAAAUACUGCUGGAAGUGGGCUACGGCUUGAAGAUCGAUGUUUGGGCCGCUGGCAUCAUACUGUACAUACUGCUCUGCGGCUUCCCGCCGUUUGUGGCGCCUGACAACCAGCAGGAGCCGCUUUUCGACGCCAUCAUCUCGGGCGUCUACGAGUUCCCCGAUCCGUACUGGUCGGAUAUUGGUGACGGAGUGCGCGAUCUAAUCGCCAACAUGCUUCAAUCCGAUCCCGAUGUUCGGUUCACCAGCGAGGACAUAUUGGAUCAUUACUGGACAAUGGGCAACGAGGAAAUCGGAUGCGGCGACUACAGCAGAUGAAUUAUGGCCGUGUGGGGUGUUUAGACAGAACAGAACCUAAUCACGCCCACUUUCGAUCUUCUCGACGCUGUCGCCUACUUUUUGUAUUAUGUAUUUUAGAACGCUAUGAUAUAGGCUUUUAUUUAUUCACACAUUACCACAUACACCACAAGACAAGAAAAGACACUACGAGAGAAGCAGACAGACAAAAAACAAAAAAAGAAGCAAACCCCAAUAUUACUCGUACAACAGGAGCUUCGAAAUUCCAGUCCCCAAACCGUUUACGGUUGGUUUCGCUAUCAUUAUAUUUAGUCUUAUUGUAACUCCACUUAUGUAUUUAUAGCGUAUGCGUAUGCAAGCGAGAAUCAUAUUUUUUAUUUGGUACUUUUUAAAUGUUUUAAUUGGUUAAUAAACCGCAAGUUGUGUAUAUUUUCA